AUGGGCGAGCACAACCUCCUUAAUCCCGGCUUUGUGGGACCUCUGGUGAACAUCCAUACGGGAGACACUUUCUACUUCCCAAAUUUCCGAACCUCCGGCGGGCAGCUGCCUGGUCUGCCGUCCUUAUCGUACCCCCGACGGGACAACGUUUGCUCCUUACCCUGGGCGUCCUCGGAGCCCUGCAACGGGUACCCGCAGCCCUACCUGGGCAGCCCCGUCUCCAUUAACCCUUCGUUCGGCAGAGCCUGCGAUCUCGCCCGGGUGGAAGAAAGCAAAUGCUACUAUCGGGAGAGCUGCUCCGACACGACCGGGCUCAAACGGGAGGAGAGGGGCAGGGACAGUGCCUUGCUGCCCCUCGAAUCCGGCCUUCCCAAUGGCAUGGGGAGCAAUUUCAGCAAAUACGACUAUCCCGGAGCCGAGGCGGUGUCCCACGACCCUCCGUCGUGUCAAUCCUUGGAGUCAGACUCCAGCUCGUCUUUGCUCAAUGAAGGAAAUAAAGGCACAGCGAGCGAAGCGGGGGGUUUGGUGUCCCCCCUCAACCAAGGCAGCACUUUAGGCACCGGUG